UUUUUUGCCUGUAUUGCUUCUCCAUUAGGGUCCUUCAAUUGCAUUGAAGGACCCUUUUCUCUAACCAUCUCUCACCUUCCUUCUCAAGAGAGAAUUUAGAAAAAAAAAAUUAAGAAAACAAUAGUUUUUGUCUAAAGUUUUGUUUCUUUUAUAUGUUCAUUAGGCAGAAGUGAUUGCAAUUUGUUAACCUCUUUUAAGGGCUAGUUGGUGCAUAUGAAUGUACAUUGUUUUCUUGAUUAAUUAGUGGGGUGGUUUUCUUUUUUAAUCAAGACUCAAGAAUACGAUGAAUUGCUUUUCGUGCUUCCAAUCACAGAAAAGCAAGAAAUCAUUUACCAAGAGAGAACAUGGAUUUCCUUCUAGUCCUAGAGAAGUAAUUGAUUCAAAGUCUCCUGAGAAUAAGAAGCAAAAACCCGGAGAUGAAGACAAUGACAAUAAAAGUUAUCAGAUUGCAGCACAGACAUUCACCUUUCGUGAAAUAGCUACAGCGACAAAGAACUUCCGUCAGGAAUAUCUGUUAGGUGAAGGUGGAUUUGGAAGAGUUUUCAAAGGGAUACUAGCCGCAACCGGGCAGGUUGUAGCCGUAAAACAACUUGACAGGAGCGGAUUGCAAGAGAACAAGGAAUUUCUUGCUGAGGUUAUGAUGCUAAGUCUUCUACACCAUCCAAACCUUGUCAACCUCGUCGGAUACUGUGCUGAUGGCGACCAGAGGCUUUUAGUGUAUGACUUUGUUAAAGGAGGUUCAUUACACGAUCAUCUUCUUGAAUUGACACCAGAGAGGAAACCAUUAGAUUGGUUUACACGAAUGAGAAUAGCAUUUGGUGCUGCUAAAGGUCUGGAGUACUUGCAUGAUGAGGCCAAUCCUCCUGUUGUAGAUGGCAACAUGAAGCCGUCAAACAUAUUAUUGGAUGAAGAUUUUAAUCCCAUGUUAUCGGAUUUUGGACUUGUCAAGCUUGGUCCUACGGGUGACAAGAUGCACGUGCAUUCAAGAUUGAUGGGUACUUAUGGUUAUAGUGCUCCAGAAUAUGUCAGAGGGGGUGAACUCACAGUGAAAUCAGACGUAUACAGCUUUGGAGUUAUUUUACUUGAGCUCAUCACGGGAAGAAGGGCCAUAGACACAACAAAACCAGUCAACGAGCAAAAUCUAGUUGCUUGGGCACAGCCCAUAUUUCGAGAUCCGAAAAGGUUUCCUGAUAUGGCCGAUCCAGUUCUCAAUAAGAGAUUCCCAGAAAAAGAUUUGAAUCAGGCAGUUGCAAUAGCAGCAAUGUGUCUGCAAGAGGAAGCACCAGCUCGUCCAUUAAUGAGUGAUGUUGUCACAGCUUUAAGUUUCCUUUCCAUGGCUACAGAUGAAAGCAUCCCUUCUCCUCCACCCCCUUCAACUCCACCUUCAGAGGAAGUACCUAAUCAUGACCAACAUAAACAUGAAGCUGGUAGAGAUAGUUCAGACAGUGAUCCCAAGGACAAUAAGGAGAAUCACAAGGAUAGCGACAGCGACCAUAAAGAUAGUGAAAGUGAACAAGAAGAUGACACAUCAGAUGAUGAAGAUGGAGACAGUGAUGAUUAUAAAGAUAGCAGAAAAUGGAGCAAGAACAGCAUGAGAUCAAUGGAUGAGAGUGUUUCUUCAAGCCAUAAAGGAAGCAAAAGAAUACAAAGCAGAAAUGCUUCUCGAAGCGUAAAGAACAGCUGCGAAUCGCAGUAUGAAAGUGUUUAUUCAGGCCAUUAUAGCAGCAGGGAAUCACGGUAUCACAAUGCUAGAUUAAGUCACAAGAGCAGCAUUGGAUCUAAGGACGGAAGUGUUUCUGGCGGGGAAAGAAGCAGCAGCAACAUUGACUGCCGUGAUAGAACUGGAUCAUUAAGUUACAGAAGCGUCGAAAGAUCAUUGAACGGAAGUAAUACUUCUCGUGACGAUUGCUAGCAUUUCAUCUUUCUACAACACACAGAAUCAAGACUUUAUUACAAGAGCAAUGCAAGUGAUUCUUUACACACACGCCAAAAGCAGCAGAUCAGAUUAGAACGAGGUUUUAUUCAUCAAGAAGAUCUCAGUAUUAUCAGAUAACUAGCAUCACUAACAUAAACAUAUAAUUCAAUUGGAUUAUAGCCCUUCAUCCCUAGCAUAAUUUUUAGGUGGGCACUUGAAAGAAAAUACUCUCUUUUUUUCUUUUUCUGGUUUUGUGAGAAAGGAUACAGGCAUGCAGAAGGUGGAUUAUUUUUUUUUUUUUGUUGGCGCAUGUUCAAUUCCAAAGUCUUUUUGUGUCAUUAGUUUUGUUCAUUAUGCAUUAAACAUUUUUAAGAAAACACUGUUCACAUUUA